AACAACAACAACAACAACAACAACAACAACAACAACAACAACAACAACAACAACAACAACAACAACAACAACAACAACAACAACAACAACAACAACAACAACAACAACAACAACAACAACAACAACAACAACAACAACAACAACAACAACAACAACAACAACAACAACAACAACAACAACAACAACAACAACAACAACAACAACAACAACAACAACAACAACAACAACAACAACAACAAC